CUAGGUGUGCCAAUGUUAUCGGUGCAACCAAAAGGAAAGCAGAAGGGCUGUGCCGGCUGCAAUCGUAAGAUCAAGGACCGCUACCUUCUGAAGGCCUUGGAUAAGUACUGGCAUGAGGAUUGCUUAAAGUGUGCCUGCUGCGACUGUCGCCUGGGAGAGGUUGGAUCAACACUUUACACAAAAGCAAAUCUCAUUCUCUGCCGCAGAGAUUACCUGAGGCUCUUUGGGACCACUGGGAAUUGUGCUGCCUGCAGUAAGCUGAUCCCUGCCUUUGAGAUGGUGAUGAGGGCCCGAGAUAACGUUUACCAUUUGGACUGCUUUGCCUGCCAGCUUUGCAACCAGAGAUUUUGCGUGGGGGACAAGUUUUUCCUGAAGAACAAUAUGAUCUUGUGUCAGAUGGACUAUGAGGAGGGGCAACUGAAUGGAAGCUUUGAGCCCCAAGUUCAAUAGCAAAUCCAGUUUGGCUGAAACACUGUGGAAUGGACGUUCAGCCACAGCUAGCAGUGAAGGGCGUCUCUCAGCUUGCCUGCAAUAUUUUUUUAAUCCUUGGUCCCCAAAGGACGAUCUACAUUGUAGUAUUUCUUCACACACACACACACACACACACACACACACAUAAAUAAC